AUGGCAACCAGCGCGCCGCUCCUGGCCAAGGAGGGCAAGGGCCACUCCAAGGCCUCGAUCUUCUACGGCGCAGAUGAGUACCUUGAGGAGCUGAAGCGCAAGUACGAAAAUGACCACGAGAUCGCUGCGUUGAAGAACGCCCUUCCAGGCGAAGGGGACCCCAACGCAGCAGGCGUUGCACCCAGCAACGACAAGAUGCUCUCGGUCCAGAAGAACAACGAGAACCGGAGUCUGAAGACAAACCGGCUCUUCCCUACUCCGAACAAGCCGGACCCCAUGCCGCAGAAUCUGGCGUUCCUCUUCACCAAGAUCACUCCAGAGCAAAUGAUUUACAUGUGGAACGUGCUGACAGCAAUCUUCACUUGUCAAGUUCUGAUGGUGAUUGCCUACUGUGGAGCCCUGGCUACCUUUCCAGAUUACUGGUGGACCUGCACGCUGUGCUUCGGUCUUCCUUUCUCGUACAUUGCCAUCCAGCAGAUUUACAUUGACCAUGACGUGAUGCAUGGCGCCACAUUCCCUGUGUACGAAUGGCAGCGUUUCCUCACGCACCCGUUUGCAGACUUUUUCAGCCUGCCAUGGGAAGAGUUCGUCCUGGAACACAACAGGCAUCAUGCGUCCACUGUCGACUUGCUGAUCCAGGGUGAGUUCGGCUGGGACCCCGAGGAGUUCCAUUAUGCCCUUCAGCAGUGGGCAGGGCCAUGGAGCUCCAAUUGGUACAAGUACCUGCUCACCGUGCCGUUCAUUCCCGUGAUCCAUUUCUUUGGCCUGAAUGGCACUGGCUCUCUCUUCGCCCUAGAGUGGUGGAUGCACUUCCCAGAUGAGGGCGCGGGCGGCAAGUGCAACAAGGAGUUCUGGACAAAGUGGGUCCCACGUCGAAUUAAGCACAAUGCCUUUGUGCUCUCCCUGUGGGCCUGCGUGUGGCUGCUUGGCACUUACCCACUGGGACGCCCCCUGAGCGAGGGUUGGCGAUUCAUGUUCACGGUGUCCUUCUUCGCCCGCAUUGGGUUCUCUUCGGCGUGGAUGUUUAUCACCAACUUCACCCAUAGUCUCCCUUGGAACGAGUUCCUCGCGCAGGAUCCGGCGCGCACCUGGCCGGUGCUCCACAAUGUCAUGGCUUUUGUUCUUGGUGGAAAGCACCGCUGGAACGAGAUGCUGUUCCAUGAUGUGCAUCACGCUUUUCCGAAUGCUGUCGGCACGCUGAGCCAGCGUGGCCGCUUCCACGGCUGGGAGAAGGUCCAUGACGCUGCGGCUGAAGUUCUCCACCGAGGCCUGUGGAAGCCCAACGGCGACGAGGAGACACAGAUGCAGAAGACCCAAAAGAAGCGUUCCCUGAUGAUGAAGCAGGGCAAGUGA